GAGAAACCUCUUUUUUUCUUUGGCGCAGAUAUUUCAUUUCUUUUUUCUUUCUCUUCUUCACUCAUUCCUUUUACCAUUUUCAAUUUGUAUUUUAUCCUAUUCUUUUAUUUUUCUAUUUCUUUUAUUCACUUUCUUUCUUCCUAACACACACACACACACACACACAUACGUUCUCUCUUUUUUUCUCUUUCCGUUAUUUACUUUCAUUUGUACUUCAAGCUUCUCAGUUUCCAUGACUUUACAAGAUGUGACUGAAACGUCUUCUUCUGACAAGUAUAACUACCAUCGCUUUAUGAUCUUGUCUGUUCAUGGUGAUAAUCACAAAUACCCGCCUUACUUUGAUACCAUUAUUGCUGGAGGCGUUGGAGGAUCGGCUGCCGAUUUUGCUAUGCAUAGUGUGGAUACGGUCAAAACUCGACUUCAAGGACAACCUCAUCAUCGAGCACCCAAAUAUUAUAAUAUGGUCCAAUCUUAUAGAACUAUUUUGAAAGAAGAAGGUGUACUUCGAGGAUUAUAUGCUGGUAUCACUCCUGCUAUGCUUGGUUCAGUACCUGGAACUCUUAUCUAUUUCAGUAUUUAUGAAUUUACAAAAAGAAAUUUGACUGCAAACCAUGUACCUGAAGUAAUGUCACAUCUUGCAGCUGGUUCUCUGGGUGAUUUGGCAGCCUCUGUUGUAUAUGUACCUUCGGAAGUGUUGAAAACUCGAAUGCAACUUCAAGGCAGAUACAAUAAUCCUCAUUUUGUUAGUGGAUACAAUUAUCGAAAUACAUGGCACGCAGCCAAAGUGAUUGUACAGUAUGAUGGUUGGGGUGCACUAUUCCAUGGGUUCAAGGCAACAAUCCUUCGUGAUGUACCCUAUUCUGCUAUACAAUUUGCAUGUUAUGAGCGAUUCAAGAAAAUAGCUCAGCAAAAUUGUGUAGAACCUGGACAACAAUUACCUCUUGGGAUUGAUUUAUUAACUGGAUCAUUUGCAGGUGGAAUUGCAGGCGCAGUGACAACUCCAUUAGACGUGAUGAAAACCUUACUUCAAACUCAACAAAGUGGCUCAAAGAAAUCAUCAACAACUGCAUCAACGUCAAUCAACAAAGUGACAACUACAGCAACAAUAACAUCAUCAUCAGCGUUAUCAACAACAACAACAACAAUCCAUCAACCCAAACAUUAUAGUGGUAUUAUGGAAGGAUUAAUAUGGAAUUAUAAACAUCAAGGAAUUGGUGGACUCUUUCGUGGUAUUGGGCCUCGCGUGUUCUGGACAAGUUUACAAAGCGCAAUCAUGUUUGUUAUCUAUGAACAAGUAUUACAUCUUGAAGAAUCAAUGCGGGAACGUGGUGAAUGGCCACCAAUUGUUAAGGCGAAACAAUGGCAAUGGUCUUAUAGUUAGAUUUUUUUUUCUUUUUUUUUUAGUUGGUUUUACUUUAUAUCCUGCUCCUCCUUCUUCUUCUUUCUUUGUAUACAGUUUAUUUGUCUAUUUUCUUUUCCUAUUACCAUGCAUAUUUUUUUUUUAUUUGUACAUCACCACCCAACUCAUUACUUUCUUUAUAUACAUAUAUAUAUAUAUAUAUGUUUCUCUUUAUAGACAUCAUAUAGAUUACUUGUUUUUGAUUUGAAUUACAUAUUCCCAUAAUAAAGAAACCUAAACAAAUUCAU